UCUAAAUUUAAAAGAUGGUUUGUUUUUCACUCAACAAAACAAUUACAGAUAUAGAAGAUCUAAUCUUUCACCCCUGUUUAGAUGAGAUAGAUAUAACACAAGAAACAGAACUAGAAAUCUACAAACGUAAAACUUAAAGGAUCUGAUAACGUGGGAAUAGUUAUAUGCAACACCUGUGAUACAUAUUUGCCAUGCAGUUGUAUACGUGUUUAAAUUCCACCUCUCCAACAAUCUCCUUUGCCCCACAAAAGGCCAUUUCAAAAUUCCAACACCUAAAAAGCACAAAAUUUUCAACGAACUCUACUACUUACUGCACCUGAAAAUCGUAGAGAGAGAUAUAGAGAUGGGAAGCAAUGAGGAGUGGAGGAAAAAUGCAGAUACGCACAAAAUGAAGCCUGAGGAUGUAAAAGCAGCAGGAGUUGAAGCUUCCAAGAGGCCUCCAGGGCACCACCCAGGCACAGUCCUGCACCAGCGGCGGAGUCUCCCCUACAGCUACACCACCAUGACCGUUGCUGGCCUCCUUAUCGUCGGAACCAUCGGAUAUCUUACCUUAUAUACCUUGAAAAAGCCUGAAGCCUCUGCGAAAGAUGUUGCCAAGGUCGCUACCAAUGUUGCUGAACCUGAAGAAACCAAGCCCAGGAAGUAGCCUCCAUUGCUGCUGCUGGUGGGUGUGUUUCUUUCUUUCAUGUAGCCUUCUUUGUGAAAAAUUGGGCUCUCAAACUUCUACCUGUGUUAAAAUAAUUGGAAAUUGGAAUUGAACCCAAAUGAUAAAAAUUGAGCUUUAGAUUCCCAAAUUUGACAGUAAUACGAGUGUAGAUGUUCAAUUUUUAGGGCAUUUCAAAUUUCCAAUUUUCAGAAUACUAUAUGUUUAGUUUAAGGGCAUAAUAUAAGUUUAGUUUAAGGCUA